GAUACUCUUUACCCAGAUCAAGGCCCAUAGGAAAAUGAGUUUCACCUUUACUCUGAGGAGGCUGCCAGUAAGGCAAGUUAGACAGCUUAUGAGGGGGAGCUGCAAGAGUGUUAGGUGCAGGCUAGUAGCCACCAGCAGUGUGCAUCUCUCAAAUGGCAAGAACGACUCUGUAAACAUGUCUGAGAAGCAAAUACAAGACUGGGGUGCUCAGAAGAAAGAGCGUGAUGUCCUGACCACUGGGGAGGGUGCUCCCAUCUGUAGCAAGACAGCUGUCAUGACUGUCGGACCACGUGGACCAAUGCUCAUGCAGGACGUUGUCUACAUGGACGAGAUGGCCCACUUUGAUCGUGAGAGGAUCCCCGAGAGAGUGGUGCACGCCAAGGGGGCAGGUGCUUUCGGGUACUUUGAGGUGACGCACGACAUCAGCAAGUACUGCAAGGCCAGUCUCUUCAGCAAGGUCGGCAAGAAGACCCCCAUCGCUGCCAGGUUCUCCACUGUUGGUGGCGAGAACGGCAGUGCCGACACUGUGUUUGACCCGAGAGGAUUUGCCGUCAAGUUUUACACGGAGGAGGGCAACUGGGAUAUGGUCGGCAACAACACUCCAAUCUUCUUCAUCAGGGACCCAAUACAUUUCCCCAACUUCAUCCACACCCAGAAGAGGAACCCAGCCACUCAUCUCAAGGACAAGAACAUGUUCUGGGACUUCAUCACUCUGCGCCAGGAGACUGCCCAUCAGGUCUCAUUCCUAUUCAGUGAUCGCGGGAUCCCAGACGGCUACCGUCACAUGAACGGGUACGGCUCCCAUACCUUCAAGUUGGUCAACAGCGAGGGCAACCCUAUCUACUGCAAGUUCCACUUUAAGACUGACCAGGGCAUCAAGAACAUCAUGCCCGAUCGUGCUGGAGUGUUGGCCGGUACUGAACCAGACUACGGUAUCCAGGACUUGUUCAAUGCCAUCGCCGCCGGCAACCCUCCAUCUUGGAGUACGUUUCUCCAAGUGAUGACCUUUGAGCAAGCUGAGAAGUGUCCCUUCAACCCAUUCGACGUCACCAAGGUGUGGUCCCACCAUGACUACCCACUCAUCCCCGUCGGUAAGAUGGUGCUCGACCGUAACCCAGUCAACUACUUUGCCGAAGUUGAGCAGGCUGCUUUCUGUCCCUCCAACUUUGUUCCCGGCAUCGAGGCCUCCCCUGACAAGAUGCUGCAGGGUCGCCUCUUCUCCUACGCUGACACCCAUCGUCACCGCCUGGGCACCAACUACCACCUCCUCCCCGUGAACCAACCCAAGAGCAAGGUGGCCAACUACCAGAGGGACGGGCCCAUGUGCCUCGGCGACAACCAGGGAGGAGCACCUAACUAUUUCCCCAACAGUUUCCAGGGACCCGUAGACGACAGGAAAUACAACGACUGCAAGUGGACCACUACUGGAGAUGUGGCACGACAUGAGACUGGGGACGACGACAACUAUUCCCAGGCUGGCAUAUUCUACAACAAGGUGCUUAGCGAGGAAGAGAGAGACCGUCUCACCAGCAACAUAGCCGGCCAUGUCAGUGGGGCUGCUGAUUUCAUCCGCACACGCUGUGUCGAGAUGUUCUCCAAGUGUGACCCUGAUUAUGGUGCUCGUAUUGCUGCCAAGCUCAAGGCUAUGGGCAAGUGAGAUGAAAAAAAGAGACGUUGAAGAACUUCGUACUUUUUGCAGUUAACGUGUUUGAACUUGAAUACAACUUUAGUAUUUAUGUGAUUGUGUUUUUGUUUGGUAGUGAGAUCGUUAUUCGUUCUUCUGACAAUUAA